AUGUCUAUGGGCUACCUUGUCCCUCGGCCGCCGCCCGACUCCACAGAAUUUGAAGGUGCGAUUGUCUGGCGCGGCCUUAUGGUUCAAAAAGCCGUGCAGCAACUCCUCUUCGAUGUUGACUGGCGGGACGCUGGUGGAUCUGGUCCUGGGCUGGACGUACUAGUCAUAGAUAUGCCCCCGGGAACGGGAGAUGUCCCUCUUACACUGGGACAAUUAGUUGUCGUCGACGGCGCAGUCAUCGUUUCAACUCCACAGGACAUCGCACUAACAGAUGUAAGAAGAGGAAUUUCUAUGUUCAAAAAGAUCUCCGUUCCGAUAACAGGUCUCAUCCUUAACCAAGCGUCCUUCCUAUGUCCUUCUUGCAACACCGCGCAUGAGCUAUUUGGGACUUCAGCUAAUGCAUCGCGCCUUGGGAUCCCUCUACUAGCGCAACUCCCUCUUGUUGGGGGUGUGAGCUGGGGUGGAGAUCGCGGCAUUCCAUACGUUCUUGAAGGAAAACAUGCAGAUGGAAAAGACGGCAGGGCGGGAGAGAUGUGGCGAGAUGCGAUGAACGAAGCAGCAAGCAACAUUUGGGAGUUAGUUCACAGCUGA